CCACUUGCCUAACCGGGACUUCUUUAGCUACCUACAACUAUGAAACUUUAUUAGGGUGACUCUCAAGGGAUAAUGGAACCUACCUAAGAUGUCACCUAUUGAACAACUCUGCCACGCAGACCAACCACUGUACAAGAACAUUUCCCGUGUUUACGAUGCUCUUAUGUCAGGACUAACACUGCCUGGGCUAGAUAAACCCCGACUUAGAUGGGGAAAAGAUCUGGGUAUUGAUCUUGAGGAAGAUCUAUGGAGUGACCUAUGCAGGGAUGGUGUUACAUCCACAUUGAACUCCAGAUACAGACUGAUCCAGUUUAAUUUCCUCCAUCAGCUCUAUAUCACCCCAUCUAGACUGCACAAGUUCAACCCAGAUAUCUCCCCCCUAUGUUUUAGAUGUGGCUCAGAUGAAGGAACAUUCCUCCAUUCCACUUGGCAGUGUUCAAAACUACACGGUUUCUGGCAGGGGGUAUGUGAUACCAUAUCCUCAAUUCACGGGGUUGCAUUCCCUUUAGACCCGGAGGUCUGUCUACUGGGUAACUUUACUAACACCAAUCUUAGGCAAAGCCAUACUAUAAAGCUAACAUAAAUAUUGCUAGCGAUGGCCAAGAAAUGUAUUGCCUUGAAAUGGGAUUCCUCCCUGCCAGUUGCAAUGUGGCUAUCGGAAGUUAAUAGUUGUAUCCCUUUGGAGAAAAUCACUUACUGCUUGAGGAAUAAGUUAAAGACUUUUUACAGAAUUUGGCAAUGUUUUAUUGACUAUAUGGAGAAUCUCCCCCCACAUCUCAUUGAUUGAAUCGAUAUAUAAUCCUCACAUAAUGUUUCACACGUAAUGUAUAAUAUGUAGGCUACGGCAGGUGAUCCAAUGUCUCGUUAUUUUCUUCUUAUUGUGUGUUUGUUUAUAUAAUUAUAAUAUUUUUUUAUUUUUGUUACGCUCGUCUGUUACUGUCACUUUGUCCUAUCGUUGUCUAAUAUCUUUUCACUUUUGUUUUGAAUGUUCUUAAUUGGAAAAUGCAAAAAUAAAAUAUUUAAAAAAAAAACACUAUCAGUGACAUGCAGCGUUUCUCAUAGACGCGGGACGUUACUAUGUGAAGGAAUGUGUUAGGAUUGGACGUUGUCUCUAUGUUUCUUUUGAGAUGAUACGGCCUCUGAGGACCCUUAAGACCAACUGGACGAGGCCAUUAACGAGGCAGAACGCCUUGCUGAAGAGCUCAACCAAGAGAAGGACCCCCAAGCCCAACUGGACGAGGCCAUUAAUGAGGCAAAAAGGCUGGCUGAGGAGCUCAACCAAGAGAAGGACCCCCAAGCCCAACUGGAUGAGGCCAUUAACGAGGAAAAAAGGCUGGCUGAGGAGCUCAACCCAGAACGGGCAAAUAAGAAGGAAAAUGGCCAAACUAGCCUCCAGGGAUUCAGAUGGAGACAAAGGGCUGAGAGAGGACAGAUUGUUCCUCCAACCAGGAAGCAACUACAUCCACUUUUGUUGGUAAGUUGCAUCCUGUCUAGGUGUUGCAUUUGAUUGGUUCCUGAUCUGACUUUCUCCUUUCAGACAUACGGUAUCGUAGCACAUCAAAGGUUUGUUGCCGUGCCAUAGGCCGGUCUAGUACCAUCUACCCACAGCACAUAAUACAUUACAUGCAGGUCUGAUCCCACCUUUCCCUGUCUCUAACUGUUGUCUGUCUCGGAUGAAAGGAGAGUCAGAACUCCAGCAAAUCUUUUGAAUUAAAAACCUUUUUAUGACCAAUUCUUUUUUUCUUCUUUCAUUUUGGGCCAGUCACCGAGGAGGAAGAAUCAGGUAUUGAUGAGCGAUUGAAUAUAUUAAUCUAUACGAUUCCUUGGUAUUCAGUGGCCUUGUAAUGAAUUGAUUGUAUUUUUAUAAAAUCUGUAAUCGGUAGUUGAAACAAUAACAACAACACUCCCCUGUUUUGGUUAAACGCUGAGUGACGGCUUGGCGAAAUGGAACCACUUUCAGUUUAUAGACAGAACUAUUAUUGUAAUAACUAACCAUCAAUGUUAUUAAAAUAAUAGUUUUAACCAUGUUUUAAGGAUAUAGUGGUUUUUUUUACAUUGACUUUGUUUGCAAACAUUGACUAAAACAAGCUUAUAGUUUGGGUUCUGAUGGGUUACGACAGUUGAAUUAAACUCAUGAGGCAUUAAUAAGUUAUAAUCUUCUAGAAUCAAUGGGUGUAUAAGAAUGGGUACUGGCCUGCCACUGUGACACCAGAUACCAGGCAGAUCUGAUAAAGAAUGGGUACUGGCCUGCCACUGUGACACCAGAUACCAGGCAGAUCUGAUAAAGAAUGGGUACUGGCCUGCCACUGUGAUACCAGAUACCAGGUAGAUCUAUAUGGGUACUGGCCUGUCACUGUGACACCAGAUACCAGGCAGAUCUGAUAAAGAAUGGGUACUGGCCUGCCACUGUGACACCAGAUACCAGGCAGAUCUGAUAAAGAAUGGGUACUGGCCUGCCACUGUGAUACCAGAUACCAGGUAGAUCUAUAUGGGUACUGGCCUGCCACUGUGAUACCAGAUACCAGGUAGAUCUGAUAAAGAAUGGGUACUGGCCUGCCACUGUGAUACCAGGUAGAUCUGAUAAAGAAUGGGUACUGGCCUGCCACUGUGACACCAUAUACCAGGUAGAUCUAUAUGGGUACUGGCCUGCCACUGUGACACCAGAUACCAGGCAGAUCUGAUAAAGAAUGGGUACUGGCCUGCCACUGUGACACCAGAUACCAGGCAGAUCUGAUAAAGAAUGGGUACUGGCCUGCCACUGUGACACCAGAUACCAGGUAGAUCUGAUAAAGAAUGGGUACUGGCCUGCCACUGUGAUACCAGAUACCAGGUAGAUCUAUAUGGGUACUGGCCUGCCACUGUGAUACCAGAUACCAGGUAGAUCUGAUAAAGAAUGGGUACUGGCCUGCCACUGUGAUACCAGAUACCAGGUAGAUCUAUAUGGGUACUGGCCUGCCACUGUGAUACCAGAUACCAGGCAGAUCUGAUAAAGAAUGGGUACUGGCCUGCCACUGUGAUACCAGAUACCAGGUAGAUCUAUAUGGGUACUGGCCUGCCACUGUGACACCAUAUACCAGGUAGACAUGUUAACCAUCCAGGCCGUGAACAGACAUGUUAACCAUCCAGGCCGUGAACGGACAUGUUAACCAUCCAGGCUGUGGGGGGGAACAGACAUGUUAACCAUCCAGGCCGUGGGGGGGAACAGACAUGUUAACCAUCCAGGCUGUGAACAGACAUGUUAACCAUCCAGGCCGUGGGGGGGAACAGACAUGUUAACCAUCCAGGCUGUGGGGGGAACAGACAUGUUAACCAUCCAGGCUGUGGGGGGUAACAGACAUGUUAACCAUCCAGGCCGUGGGGGGGAACAGACAUGUUAACCAUCCAGGCCGUGGGGGGGAACAGACAUGUUAACCAUCCAGGCUGUGGGGGGAACAGACAUGUUAACCAUCCAGGCUGUGGGGGGGAACAGACAUGUUAACCAUCCAGGCCGUGGGGGGAACAGACAUGUUAACCAUCCAGGCCGUGGGGGGGCACAGACAUGUUAACCAUCCAGGCUGUGGGGGGAACAGACAUGUUAACCAUCCUAUGCCGUGGGGGGGAACAGACAUGUUAACCAUCCAGGCUGUGGGGGGGAACAGACAUGUUAACCAUCCAGGCUGUGGGGGGAACAGACAUGUUAACCAUCCAGGCUGUGGGGGGAACAGACAUGUUAACCAUCCAGGCUGUGGGGGGAACAGACAUGUUAACCAUCCAGGCUGUGGGGGGAACAGACAUGUUAACCAUCCAGGCUGUGGGGGGAACAGACAUGUUAACCAUCCAGGCUGUGGGGGGAACAGACAUGUUAACCAUCCAGGCUGUGGGGGGAACAGACAUGUUAACCAUCCAGGCUGUGGGGGGAACAGACAUGUUAACCAUCCAGGCCGUGGGGGGGAACAGACAUGUUAACCAUCCAGGCUGUGGGGGGGAACAGACAUGUUAACCAUCCAGGCUGUGGGGGGGAACAGACAUGUUAACCAUCCAGGCUGUGGGGGGGAACAGACAUGUUAACCAUCCAGGCUGUGGGGGGGAACAGACAUGUCAACCAUCUCAGACAACAGCAAAAAUCAAGGAGGAGACCCAGACUCUAGAAAAGUUUAAGAGUGAUAUGGGUGAAGGAGAAGAGAGACUGUACAACUGGACAACGGAAGUUCAGCAAUGGGCUAAUACAGGUAAAUGAAUACAGAAAAUGAUUAAUAUUCCACAAACAAACGAAACAGAGCCUCUACCGUCAGACAGGUACAUUUCAUGAAUAUUGAAUUGUACACACUUCAUUUCUCUUUCAUUUCAAAGCCAUGACAUGUAACAAAUAAUUAUAUUCUCCUUUUGUUUUGAUGACAGAAGGAUACAAGAAAAGACCCUCUGUGCAGAAAGAUAUGGGAAGAAAAGACCCUCUGUGCAGAAAGAUAUGGGAAGAAAAGGCCCUCUGUGCAGAAAGAUAUGGGAAGAAAAGGCCCUCUGUGCAGAAAGAUAUGGGAAGAAAAGGCCCUCUGUGCAGAAAGAUAUGGGAAGAAAAGACCCUCUGUGCAGAAAGAUAUGGGAAGAAAAGACCCUCUGUACAGAAAGAUAUGGGAAGAAAAGACCCUCUGUGCAGAAAGAUAUGGGAAGAAAAGACCCUCUGUGCAGAAAGAUAUGGGAAGAAAAGACCCUCUGUGCAGAAAGAUAUGGGAAGAAAAGACCCUCUGUGCAGAAAGAUAUGGGAAGAAAAGACCCUCUGUGCAGAAAGAUAUGGGAAGAAAAGACCCUCUGUGCAGAAAGAUAUGGGAAGAAAAGACCCUCUGUGCAGAAAGAUAUGGGAAGAAAAGACCCUCUGUGCAGAAAGAUAUGGGAAGAAAAGACCCUCUGUGCAGAAAGAUAUGGGAAGAAAAGACCCUCUGUGCAGAAAGAUAUUGGAAGAAAAGACCCUCUGUGCAGAAAGAUAUGGGAAGAAAAGACCCUCUGUGCAGAAAGAUAUGGGAAGAAAAGACCCUCUGUGCAGAAAGAUAUGGGAAGAAAAGACCCUCUGUGCAGAAAGAUAUGGGAAGAAAAGACCCUCUGUGCAGAAAGAUAUGGGAAGAAAAGACCCUCUGUGCAGAAAGAUAUGGGAAGAAAAGACCCUCUGUGCAGAAAGAUAUGGGAAGAAAAGGCCCUCUGUGCAGAAAGAUAUGGGAAGAAAAGACCCCCUGUGCAGAAAGAUAUGGGAAGAAAAGACCCCCUGUGCAGAAAGAUAUGGGAAGAAAAGACCCUCUGUGCAGAAAGAUAUGGGAAGAAAAGACCCUCUGUGCAGAAAGAUAUGGGAAGAAAAGACCCUCUCUGCAGAAAGAUAUGGGAAGAAAAGGCCAAAUCAACAGCAGCCACAGAGAGGUACAACAGAUUCAGCAAAACCAUCUGCAGAUGAGAUCCUUUCUGCAGACCUUCCUGCACGGCCUCGGGAGCUGAGUGGCCUCGGGAGCUGAGUGGCCUCGGGAGCUGCACGGCCUCGGGAGCUGAGUGGCCUUGGGAGCUGCACGGCCUCGGGAGCUAAGUGGCCUCGGGAGCUGCACGGCCUCGGGAGCUGCAUGGCCUCGGGAGCUGAGUGGCCUCGGGAGCUGAGUGGCCUCGGGAGCUGAGUGGCCUCGGGAGCUGCACGGCCUCGGGAGCUGAGUGGCCUCGGGAGCUGAGUGGCCUUGGGAGCUGCACGGCCACGGGAGCUGCACGGCCUCUGGAGCUGCACGGCCUCUGGAGCUGAGUGUCCUCGGGAGCUGAGUGUCCUCAGGAGCUGAGUGUCCUCGGGAGCUGAGUGUCCUCGGGAGCUGAGUGUCCUCGGGAGCUGAGUGUCCUCGGGAGCUGAGUGUCCUCGGGAGCUGAGUGUCCUCGGGAGCUGCGUGGCCUCGGGAGCUGCGUGGCCUCGGGAGCUGAGUGGCCUCGGGAGCUGAGUGUCCUCGGGAGCUGCGUGGCCUCGGGAGCUGCGUGGCCUCGGGAGCUGCGUGGCCUCGGGAGCUGCGUGGCCUCGGGAGCUGAGUGUCCUCGGGAGCUGAGUGUCCUCGGGAGCUGCGUGGCCUCGGGAGCUGAGUGUCCUCGGGAGCUGCGUGGCCUCGGGAGCUGAGUGGCCUCGGGAGCUGCGUGGCCUCGGGAGCUGCGUGGCCUCGGGAGCUGAGUGGCCUCGGGAGCUGCGUGGACAAACUGACCUACUCACAAAGACAAUAGCCUUUGACUGGGUGAUGCUCCUGAGACGGCUGAAGGAGGAAGAGGUAAUUGUCCUAAAGGAAGUCCAGCAGCACUGGGAAAGCCUAAAGAGGGAAUCGGAGAAUGUGCAAGACCUUGCUUCACAUGUGGCACCUGACCUAAGCAGGCAAAGCUGGCAAUUGAAUCAGUCGGGAGCUGGGAGCAGAGGUCUCUUCUCCAUGCUUCAGAGGAGAGUCAGCAGCCUCAGACGACACCAGGACUCUGUCAAACUGGUAUACAGCAAAGCUAUGGGCCAAGACACCUCCCUCCUAGAAGAUAACUUCAUAGAUGACCUCCUGGAAGAGGACCUCGAUGACAUCAUCCACUACAGCUCUGAUGACGAGGAAUCUGUCCCAGACUGACGGUGUUCGUUUGGGACAGGCGGUGGUUCUGGAGUGAUGGCUCCAACUUUGAUCACCAGAACUGGGCUGAAGGAAGGCCUGGUGCUGAUGCCAGAGAGACUUGUAUUCAUAUCAACUUUGGAGGUCAGAAGUGCUGGAACAAUGCUUUAUGUGGAAGGAGCUUGCCCUCUGUGUGCUCCCUGAGACUCCUGCCUCUCCGGCAGACUAUACAUUAGAAGCAGCAAUGCUAUACCGUAGUGUCUGCAUCCUUAAUACUUCAUGGUAACGUCUAUACAUUAGAAGCAGCAAUGCUAUUCUGUGUGUCUGCACCCUUAAUACUUCAUGGUAAAAAACAUUUUGUUGCUGUUAAAUGAAGUUUCAGUUACUACACCAAUGGGGAAUUGUUUGCAGCCAAUAAAAUGUGUACACUAA